AUGAUUGCCACCGAUCCACGACUUCGAGGCAGGGCUACAGGAGCUAAUGGGCUUGCCGCGGCUGUAGAAGUGCACAAGCAUUCCUCAGGCAGGCAUCCUACACAAAAGCACAACUACGAUGUGGAAAAGCCGAGGGCCACUGAAAUUUUGCACAACAUGCAAUCUCAUCCCGAUACGCAAAUCGAUCUGGAUGAAUCGGGCCCGAAAACGCAUGGAAAGCACCAUACAGCAAAUGCAGCAAUAGCAAAACCCAGAUCUGCAGCAUUUGAAAAAGUCCAAGCUCCUAAGAAACCGGCAGAGGGUGAUGCGGACCACGCAGUGCCCUGGGACGUUCAACAAGCGGAUCUUCAACCGGAAAUACCAGACCUUUCUCUCGAUAUUGCCGAGGUAGACAGAACAGAAAAACCGGACGAUAAGACCGUGCCUGUUUUGAGCAAGGGCUCCGAAGAGCUUAUUGAGGGUAGUCCAGAAGCGCCAAAAUCUCCACAGGACAAGAAACGCAAUUCACGAUCACGGUGCAGCGAAGAAGAUGGCACCCCCGUCCCUCCGUCAUCUGUGACGGCCGAAGAAAUUUGGCGGCGGAGGUUACAGCCGGAGAAGUACCAUGCGAAUGGUGUUGCCUCGCCAACGAAAUCAGCGUCCCAAGAUGCGAAAGCUCCUCAGUUUAAGAGCGAGCAUUCAAUUGCCAAGCAACCGCAGAGAGAUCUCGAGGCCGAUGUUAGCAGACAGCCGACGCUAGCUGAUGAUUUAUCGUCGCUGCAGUCCAUUGCAGAGAGCGAGUCUGCGGGCUGUAGUCGAGAAAUGACCGAUACUCCUGAACGUCGUUAUGAGAGCAUAGCAUCACCUAAAGAAGUCGAGAGACAGGAGGAUGCAGCGACGCCGGAGACGGUGCCGCGAGGCCCGAGCGCCGAGGCGAACGGAUUAGAGCGGCGCCGAUCGUGGUCUCCUGUCAACAAAACCAUCAACAAUGACGACGACGCGGGCAUGGAAUCCGACAAUGCACUUUCUACCAUCGGAUCCGAAGGUGCAAGAGAUAGUCGCAGCGAUGCAGUGUCAGGGGAGCGGCCGAACGUCGGCCGCAAAGUCGCCAAUGCCACUGAGCCUUCUGCCAAAUUGCCCGGAUGUUUCAGCUGGCCAGACCUGAUAGGAUUUGCCCUGGCGGAAGCGAGCGAUCAUCGCAUGACUGCAGCUCAAGUCCAUCAGUGGAUUGCGAACAACGUCGAAAAUUACGACAUCAACAAUACCACCCAGAGAAGCAGCAUAGCCGCCACCCUAAGCCAGCAGAAGGUGAAGUUCCCCAAGGCUGAGCCCAUCAUGGAAGGUGCCAGACACCUCUCGCGCUGGAAAAUCUCACCCGACUGGGUGGUUGAGUUCAAAGCAAACCUCGAAACCGAGCGAGAAAAGCUGCACAAGAAGACGUUGCAAGCCGGGCGCAGCAGCUCGACGCAACGCCGAAAAGAGUUCCAUGAUGCACCGAAAGGUGCUCGUGCCGCAGCUAACACGUCCGUUUCAAAGCAAGCGCAUGCGCAGAAGGAGGGCUCGAAAUCAUCCACGCACGCAGAGGAGACACCCAUGUUCAUUAAGCGGCACAGAGUCGCGUACGAUGCUGAUGGGCGUGACAUCGUUGCUGGGUUCAAAGACAUCCCAAUUGAGAGGUGGACACAGCUUGCUGAAGUCCAAUCCUUCAGAAGACACGACCUGAGGUUUUUCGUUGGAGACUUUAUCAAGGCUCCUCUUCCCAAUCGCUUCAGAUUCGCUGAUUAUACUCAUAAACCCCUGGUACAUACCAUGGCUCAAAUUGAGGAAAUUAGACAACGGCGCGACGGACCCGGCUACGCUAUCCUUGUGCAAUGGUUUCUCACGAAAGAGGCUGCGGAUUGGUGGAAGUGCCGACAGGUCAAAUCACUCUGGCCAAAGGAUGAAAGACCUGGCAUCUAUGUGCCAGCCACUGUCUGGGACAUCCUCACCUCAGAUUUUGUCGCUGAGCAAGAAAAGAUCGAUGCCGAGGAAGCCAAGCACCAGAUCAUCCCGACCUUGUUCUUCGAUCUAGACACAGACAAAUGGCGGCUCUACUUGAAGGAGGGUCGUGGUCCAAGAACUGGCAUUGCAUUUGGAUCUCACUCCUUGGACGAGGAAGACAGCGGAGCUGAAGAUACUGCACCUGCCUUGGACCAGUUAGAAGAGAGCCCACCGGGUCCUUCACACCAGAUUGACAAUCUUCAAAACCACGAAGAUACUACCAAAACUGAGGUCGCCCUACGAACCAAGCUCACCAUGGAUCCGGAUGAGAUACCCAGGCAACAGUCACCCUCAAACUCUUUGAGCUCCUCACAUCUCGUGUUUUCUCGCAAGGCUGGAUCCAGCGCAUCACCGGAAUCACCUCGUACUGGCAUCUCCAUCGGCCAAUCUGAGCCAGACUCGGUCCGGAACGCCGACUUAGAGCGACAGCUUUUCACACCAUCACCCACGGAUGGACCAAUGGCGGAAACAGCAGACGAGCGAGAGCACAGGAUGACAGACCAGAAAUCACAAGGGCGCCGGAGCGCCCCCACGCCCAUCACCGAAAGGCCUACGAAGAGGCAAAAGACAGAAGUCACGCCCGAAGAGCAAGCGGCAAUCCGUGCUAUCAUCCAAAUGGACCGAGAUAACGCAAAGCACGACACCAGAGACCUUUGGGCCGCAGCACCAGAGUACGACCCGACCAACGAUCUUUGGGAUCGCGAGGCGAAGAUCGCGGAGAUCAAAGCUCGUCCGAGCCGCAAGGCGCGCUUCUCAAAGAACCUUGCAUACGCACGACGCGAUCGGCCGCCCAAUGCCUUGUACGUCGAGCUCGACCGCCCCGAGCCCAAGGGAUACAAGGCCCCUCCACCCAAUCGUCCAGGGAGCGGGUAUAGCAAUCUUAGUCCUGCCAAGACAGCGAGGGUGAAUGGUGCUCGUUUGAAUCUGGACGUCGACGAUCCGUGGAACUCCGACUUCAAUGACACGGAUAUGCCGGAUGCGCCGACGCAGGCCACGACGGUAGGAGGGACACCGGCUGGCAUCGGAGAAGCAUCGAAUGGCGAAAACGAUGAUUUAGAUUCGGAGAAGCCGGAGAUGUUCGACACGCUGGAGGAGCUUUUAGGCUUGCCACCCAAUUUCGUGCCAACUCUGUACGAAGGCCGUCUGGCGUUUCGAGAUGGGACGAUGGGGCUAGAUGGGAGGAUGCCUCGUGCGAAGAAGAUCUUCAAAGUGGGGAGGAAUGUUCCUGGGGAGCUGAAGUGA